CUUAUAUCCCCUCACAGCAGAAAUGCAGACGGACACCUAUGUAAUUCAGGUGAAUGGCUCCUCGGUCCACCCUAAAGUCCUGGAUGUACAUGUCAACAUUCAGGGAACAAAUGGCAUUGAGAAGAUCAAAAUCAGAAAACCGAGGUGGUCAGUACGGGCUUCUGAGAUGUCGAAGAAAACAUUUAAUCCCAUCCGCGCUAUUGUGGACACCAUGAAAGCUACGCCCAAUCCUAACAAGCCAAUGAUUGCCUUGUCUAUAGGAGACCCUACAAUAUUUGGGAACCUUCCAACUGACGAUGAGGUUACCAUAGCUAUGAAAGAUGCCAUUGACUCUCAGAAGUAUAACGGAUAUGCUCCAAGUAUAGGCUAUCAGUCAAGCAGGGAAGUAAUUGCCAAAUUCUACACACGUCCCGAAGCUCCAUUGGAAGCCAAGGACGUUAUCCUCACCAGUGGAUGCAGCCAUGCAAUUGAACUAGCUCUGGCCGUACUGGCCAAUCCAGGCCAAAACAUCCUGGUUCCCCGGCCUGGGUUUUCCCUCUACAAGACUUUGGCCUUGUCCCUGGGUGUGGAAGUGAAACUCUACAACUUGAUUCCAGAGAAAUCUUGGGAGGUUGAUCUGAAACACAUGGAGUCUCUGGUGGAUGAAAAGACCGCCUGUAUCAUUGUCAAUAACCCAUCCAAUCCAUGUGGCUCUGUCUUCAGCAAGAAACACUUGCAGAAAAUCGUUGCUGUGGCCUCCAGACAGUGUGUACCUAUCCUCGCUGAUGAGAUCUAUGGAGACAUGGUUUUUGAAUAUGGUGCAUUCAAGGCUCUAGCACCACUGAGCACUAACGUCCCAAUUUUGUCAUGUGGUGGCCUUGCUAAGCGCUGGCUGGUGCCAGGAUGGAGGAUGGGAUGGAUUUUAAUCCAUGAUCGUAAAGAAAUUUUUGGCAAGGAGAUCAGAGAGGGCCUUGUACGCCUAAGUCAGAGAAUUCUUGGUCCAUGUACCAUCGUCCAAGGAGCACUGGAUCACCUAAUCAACAGGACUCCUCAGCAUUUUUAUGACAACACCAUCAACUUCAUCAAGUCUAAUGCUGACCUCUGCUAUACUACCCUCUCCACCGUCCCUGGACUCUGCCCCGUGCGACCGGCAGGAGCCAUGUACUUAAUGGUUGGGAUUGAUAUGGAACACUUUCCGGAAUUUGAGAGCGAUGUGGAUUUUACGGAAAGAAUGAUAUCCGAGCAAUCCGUCUUUUGUCUCCCUGCUACAUGCUUUGAAUUUCCCAACUACUUCCGGAUCGUGCUCACCGUUCCAGAGGAAAUGAUGGUAGAGGCAUGCAGACGCAUACGGGAAUUCUGUCAGGAGCAUUACCAAGGCGGAGAGGCUGCGCAGGACCUGGAGUGCGACAAAUAACAGGACGUUCUGUAUCCUCACCGUGUGAGGUUUUCCUCAAUAACUCCAUCACCCAAUUCUAGGCCUUAUUCUUUCCAUCUGCGUCGAACUGUUGUGAAAACAUUAACAAUUACUUCCUAUACUCCAUGUUAAAAGAUAUUUUAUUGUGUGGAUGUUUUUAGUUUUUGAAGUGCAUGAGAACGUAUUAUGUCAUCAGAAAAAAAAUAAUGCUGGGCUUCUCUACACAUGGUGGCAUGCUAUAUACAUAUCUAAACAAGCUGGAUGUAU